GUUUUAAGAAGGAGAUAGUGGUGGACGGACAGAGCAACCUACUGCUCAUCAGAGAUGAAGGGGGCCCCCCAGAGGCUCAGUUUGCCCUGUGGGUGGAUGCAGUGAUAUUUGUGUUCAGUCUGGAGGAUGAGAUCAGUUUCCAGACAGUCUACCAUUACUACAGCCGCAUGGCUAACUACCGAAACACUGCUGAGGUACCUCUGGUGUUGGUGGGGACGCAAGAUGCUAUCAGCUCAGCCAAUCCCCGGGUCAUCGAUGACACGCGAGCACGCAAGCUGUCCAAUGACCUGAAGCGCUGCACCUACUAUGAGACGUGUGCCACCUACGGCCUCAAUGUGGAACGGGUCUUCCAGGACGUGGCCCAGAAGAUCGUGGCGACCAGGAAGAAGCAGCAGCUGUCCAUUGGUCCGUGCAAGUCCCUCCCCAACUCCCCUAGCCACUCCUCUGUGUGUUCUGCACAGGUGGCAGCAGCAGUACACAUCAGCCAGCAGACCAGUAAUGGCGGCAGCCUGAGUGACUACUCCUCGUCAGUACCCUCCACCCCCAGCACCAGUCAGAAGGAGCUACGCAUCGACGUCCCCCAGACCACCAACACCCCCACGCCCGUCCGCAAGCAGUCCAAACGCCGCUCCAACCUCUUCACUUCUCGGAAGGCCAGCGAGCCAGACAGGGACAAGAAAGGACUGGAGGGCCGAGCGGACAGCAUUGGAAGCGGCCGUGCUAUUCCAAUUAAGCAGGGCAUGCUUCUGAAGAGGAGUGGCAAGACCCUAAACAAGGAGUGGAAAAAGAAGUACGUGACGUUGUGUGACAAUGGCCUGCUCACAUAUCACCCCAGCCUGCACGACUACAUGCAGAACGUCCAUGGGAAGGAGAUAGAUCUGUUGAGGACCACAGUGAAGGUCCCAGGGAAGAGGCCUCCCCGAGCGGUGUCUACCUGUGCCGCUGUCCCCAGCCCGAAGACAAACGGCCUGGCCAAGGACAUGAGCAGUCUGCAGCUGGGACCUGGUGGCCCUGGCUCUGUGAGCAGUAGUUUGUCAGCCUCUCAGAUGGCCAGUGGGAUCAGCUUGGUGUCCUUUAACAGUCGUGGGGACGGCAUGCACCAGAGAUCCUACUCAGUUUCCUCCGCCGACCAAUGGAGCGAGGCCACCGUCAUCGCCAACUCAGGAGUCAGCACAGACACGGGUCUGGGAGAGUCUGUGUGCUCCAGCCCCUCCAUCUCCAACACCACCAGCCCUAAGAUGGACCCGCCCCCCUCGCCGCACGCCAACCGCAAGAAGCACCGCCGGAAGAAAAGCACCAGCAACUUCAAAGCCGACGGCCUCUCUGAACAAGAGGAGAACUUUGAGUUGACCAUUGUGUCUUUGACGGGCCAGACGUGGCACUUUGAGGCCACCUCGUACGAGGAGAGAGACGCCUGGGUCCAGGCCAUCGAGAGCCAAAUCCUAGCCAGCCUGCAGUCCUGUGAGAGCAGCAAGGCCAAGUCACGUCUGACCAGCCAGUCUGAGGCCAUGGCCUUACAGAAUGUGAGGAGCCUAAGAGGGAACUCUCGCUGUGUGGACUGUGAGGCCCAGAACCCCGACUGGGCCAGUCUCAACCUGGGAGCGUUGAUCUGUAUCGAGUGUUCAGGGAUCCACAGGAACCUGGGGACCCACCUAUCUCGUGUUCGGUCCCUGGACCUGGAUGAGUGGCCCCUGGAGCUCCUCAAGGUCAUGACCUCUAUAGGCAACGAGCUGGCCAAUGACGUGUGGGAGGGCAACGCACAGGGACGCCUCAAACCAGCACCCGACGCCACCAGGGAGGAGCGUGAGCGUUGGAUCCGGGCUAAGUACGAGCAGCGGUUGUUCCUGGCGUCGCUCUCGGGGGUGGACCUAUCCCUGGGCCAGCAGCUGCUGAGGGCCACGGCCGAGGAGGACCUGCGCUGCGUCAUCCUGCUUCUGGCUCACGGCUCCCGGGAGCAAGUCAACGAGACGUGUGGAGAGGGAGACGGACGCACCGCCCUUCACCUGGCGUGCCGCAAGGGCAACGUGGUCAUCACACAGCUCCUCAUCUGGUACGGGGUGGAUCUGAUGGCGAGGGACGCCCACGGUAACAGUGCGCUGGCGUACGCACGGCAGGCCAGCAGCCAGGAGUGUGUUGACACGCUGCUGCAGUAUGGCUGUCCCGAUGAACGCUACCCACUUAUGGCCACGCCCAACCUGUCCCGACGCAACACCAACCGCAACAACAGCUGCAGCAGCACGGGCAGCACCGCACUCAUAUAAACACUACCGCCCCCUUCAGGAGGCCUCUGGGUACUGCGGCUCGCAGGAUAUUAACAGGCUAAACACACAUUGUGACAUUAUAUGCAUAUUACACACUCAAAAUCCUGACUGAAAAAAAACUGUGACAUUUUUGGAAGUGAGGGGCUUGGAGAGAGUCUGAAUUGGGAGAAAAUGACUGAACUCUUUUGGGAACCACUACUUCUGCACUCCUUGUCUUAGAGCCCUCGUUGACCUCCUACCCUCUCCACUCUGACACUAAUCUCACACAGAAGACACUAGCACACCUGUUGCCGUUGAUGAAGCCCUCUGUCCUUUUGGCUCUCUGCCCCACAUCAUGAUGACCCCGCCUCCGCGCGCUUCGGUCCAAUUGUCAAUUUCCUCACAAGGCCCUCCCCUGUAAAAGCAUGGGGGCAGGAGGUGGCUUGGCAUUACUUCCGGGUGGAGUCAGGUCACCGGCUUCCCCCACUGCUAUCUACCUGGCUGCAUGUGGCCCUAAGCAUGAUGGGACAUGGGGAGGAGGCGGCCAAAAUCACAUGAAAAGCAGCGACCCCCUUCUCAUAUACCCUCUAUUGACUCCCCCUUCUCAUAUACCCUCUAUUGACUCCCCCUUCUCAUAUACCCUCUAUUGACUCCCCCUUCUCAUAUACCCUCUAUUGACUCCGAUCUGCAAUCUGCUCCCAGCUUCAACCCAGGCCACACACACACACUAUAUCACUACUAUGUCACUGCUUUCUCAGCUGUACAGAAACAGAGGCCUGCGGGUUUGGAAAGACAUUGGAUGUUUGAAGAAGGCCUCUGUAGCAUGUUGGGGAAGGGGGGGUUGCUUUUCACUUAAGUUAUGGGAGCUCUACCUUAUAACAUGAGAACUACAAAGAACACUGAUCAACUGAACAGAACUCCUCUUCUACUCUGGUUCUCCUUUAGUUCUCCACAUAAUCAGUGUUUCCCCUCUCUUCUCUUGAGUAAAUUAUGUGAUCUCUCUCUCCUGUGGAUGUUUAUUUUUUAUUUUUUAAUGUGGAACAAAAAUAUCUUGUAUAAACCGUUUAAGAAAGUGAGAGAAAAAAAUCCUAAAUAUCCGAUAUUCCUUGGAAGUAAAACAGAAAGUGUGAGAGCAUGUCAGACACUUGCUCUUUUCAAUUAAAAAAAAAGGUUGUUCAUCACGUCCACAUUGUGUAUAUCUCAUUGUGAAUUGCUGGACCAAUGAAUCAGUUCUACAGAGAAGUGAGUUUGUCAUAUCUAUUAGAAGCCACUUGCUAGGUGUAAAAAGCGUGUACGUAUUUCCAGGCUCAGGGACCAGAGACGGUCAAUUCUACGUGAUCUUGAAACCCCCACAAUUCCACUCGCCUCAACAACAGUCUUAGAUGUACAUUUCAUCCGUUCAGAGGAACAGUCCACCUCCAGAAUGUAUAGGAAGCAUCAUGAGGCUCAGUAUCAGACCAUCAGCCUUCUUCAGGAUCAUCGUACAGUUGGUCCACCACACAGAGACCAGGGGAAAGGGUUUUCUGUUUAGUGUUUUAUCCUUCUGCAUAUUAUUCUGCCUUUUCUUUACUUUUAUCAGGUCAUGAAAUACACUGUAUCUGCUGUUUCAGCUGGAAGCGCAUCGUGAUAAUGUCUUGUUGCAUAGUGAUCGGCAGAGGAUGGGAGGAAAUGGAUAGGCAGGACUCUGUCAUGUUCCUGUUGAUUACUUAGGUGUGGUGCAGGUAUCAGUUGUCAGGUCCAUACUCCCGUUCACUAACACUGAUCUACAACUGAUCCAGGAACAGCAUCCACGGUGUAAAUGUAGCACUAUUUAUACUAGAUGGGCUCAUCAGUGUUCAAUCUAUUUCAUUUCAUCUAAGAAGACGUUUGUCUGACAGUUCAAUCCAUGAUGGGCUGUCAGAUUUUGUAGAAUAUCUACGAUCUGAUGGAUACUGUUUCUUCAUAGAGUUAGACUGUUCUGAUUCGGAGAAGAGUUCCUAAUUUGUGCCCCUCUGAGUUCUCCCCUUGUCAAGUUGACUGACAUCAUAUAUGACGUCAUAGGUCAGGAUAGACUCUGGGCCGCCUCCCAUCAGGUCUUCUGAGGUACUCGGCAUGCGUUUCCUCCAUCCUCUGUCUGUCAUUGGAUAGCCAUGUCUGUUGCUCCCCAACCAAUCAUACAAUCUCUGCCUCUUGAAUCUCUCGGCCUGCGUCCCGAAUGGCACCCUAUUCCCUUGAACAGUGCACUACUUUUGACCCGCGCCCAUAGGAUUCUGGUUAAAAGAAGUUCACUAUGUAGGGAAUAGGCAGCCAUUUGGGAUGCAUCCUUUCUGCUCAGUGACUCGAUAGGAAGGGCUUCUCUGCGUCUGGAAUCCUACUGUGUGUAAAUAAUAUUUUACUUCUCUCUCUUCCUCUAUCGCUUUUCUUUCUCUCUUUUUGAAAGCUCUUUUGGUGGUGAUGUCAUGAUGUAUCUGAAGGAAGUAGGAAGUUCUUUACUCUGAGAGCGUCGUGUUCUCUGCGGUUUGAGUGGAGGUUUGCCGAUGCCCAUGUGAUGUUUUUAUUGGGAGAAAUAAGCCAGUGAUGGGUUGACUGAACGUUACUGGAAUGUUUAGCAGCAGGGGCUUUCCUUUCCUCCUGUCCCUCUUCGUGUUGCCAACGUCUCUGCUCUGCACAAGUCCCUCUGCCUUUGCCUGUUCUUAAACCUUACUGUGUGUGUCCUCGUGUGUGAUAUGAGUCUUUCUCCCCCAAACCAUUCCUAAGCGUCAAAUGCUCCCGUAUUUAUGGUUGCUUUUGCCCUUGAUGUUACCUCUGUGUGUGUGUGUGUGUGUGUGUGUGUGUGUGUGUGUGUGUGUGUGUGUGUGUGUGUGUGUGUGUGUGUGUGUGUGUGUGUGUGUGUGUGUGUGUGUGUGUAUAUAAACUCCUAAUAUAAGUAGUGACUCCUGCCUCACCUGUACAGGUAUUAAAGCAAUAUGGAGGACAGGUAUAGAUGUCCAUGCUAACGGUGGUGUUUCUGUCCAACACACACCUUGCAAUCCCUGCGUAUGCUGUAGACAAGCCCAUACAUCACACACACGCUUCUCUGCGUCCGAUAGAAAUGUGAAAAGAGCUCAACAUGUUGAGUGUGAUUAACAUGAGAAGUGCUGAGGCAUCAGGCUUUGUCCACAGGCAGCCACGAACACUAAAGUGCCCCUGACCAGACCUUUAUUGAACAUUAUUGAACCUUAUUGUUGCAGUAGCAGGAAUAGCAGCGUUAAACCUUCCCUCAUCACUAGAGGGAUUUCUCCCCCUUCAUAACACUUGUGAGGUUUUGACUGAGGAGACCAAGUCGUUUUAUUUCUGACAAGACGAUGCACUACGUAUCCAGUUUGAUGGUCUCUCCUCAGUCCUCUCCUCUCAAGGUCUUUCCUGUAGAACACUUUUGCAUGGAUGGAUGUUUGUGUAGAUCCCUGGUCUCUUCCCUCAUCUUGUCUGCUGGCCUGAAACUGUUCCUAUCUCAGCCACUGGCUCUCACACUGGUGGGAGAUAUGAAGAGGUUAGACAUCGUAUUGGACACAAUCCUCAUUGGUGGUCAAGCUGCUCUCCCUUCCCCCUCUGAAGUAGCCAGUGGAAGUCAUGAUUAGCCAAUAGUGUGAGCUGCUCUCCCUUCCCCCUCUGAAGUAGCCAGUGGAAGUCAUGAUUAGCCAAUAGUGUGAGCUGUCCUCCCUUCCCCCUCUGAAGUAGCCAGUGGAAGUCAUGAUUAGCCAAUAGUGUGAGCUGUCCUCCCUUCCCCCUCUGAAGUAGCCAGUGGAAGUCAUGAUUAGCCAAUAGUGUGAGCUGUCCUCCCUUAUAGGUGGGUUCAGGAAGCAUCAAAAAGCUAGCCUGGAAUCCAGAAGAUUUGUUUCAAUGGUGAAACGGAGCAUAUCAGUUUGGUUUCCAGGCUGUCUAGAAUCUCCUCUUUAGACAUGAGACGUUGAGACAUGUAUCAGUGUCCCUGCCAGGGAGAAGAGCACUAUGGGGGACACACUCACCAUGUCAGUCAGUCUGGUGUUACUUACGUACCAUUAAACCAGCCACAGCUCUCCCUUCUAUACAUGCCAGUCGACACAUCAGCACAGCGUUCACCACAUGUACAUAGAUGUAAUCAACAAACCCUAAUAAACAAACUAUGGUCAUUUGUUUUUGUUUAUUUGGUUCCCGUGUGUAUUUGGUGACCUCUUUGUCGUUGCUCAUUCCUCCUGUAUGUAGCUACACAACCCAACCCGAGACGACUGCCAGUCAAAUGAUUUAAUAUGGUUCUAAUGCUAUCUAGAUGUGGAAGAAGACCUCUCUCCUCCUAACUGCUUGGGUUUGGUUCAGUUAUCAGUCUAGUUUAUCCACCUCUAUUGUGACCUAUCAGCAUCAAGCAGCGUUAUUAUUCCAAUUGUCAUUGAUCUCCUAAUUAUUAUUGUUAUUAUUAUUGUUCUAUUGAGUUUGUGUCAUCUGUACAGUACCGUGUUGAUACCUAAUACAGUCUUCUACUGUAAUGUGUCUCUUUUCAAUAAAGACAAAAUAUGCUUCUUAA